AUACUGCUAGUGCCAUCUGGAAAGAAUAAAUUUGACAGGAGAAAGGAGACAGACGGGAAGUUUAAACAAGCACUCCGACUUUCUUAAUUAAACGAAAUAUGGGACGAAGCCGCACACCGUCACCAGGAAGACGAGGAAGGGAUCGAUCCCGGGAACGAGAGCGCGACAGGGAUCGACGAAGAAGACGUUCGCGAGAGAGAAGACGAAGAUCUGUGGAACGAGACAGAGUUAAAUCCAGAGACAGGGACAGGGAACGAGAACGUGAACGGGACAGACAUAGAAGGUCAUAUUCUAGAUCCAGAUCGAGAGAACGUGAUAGAUCAAAACACAGAUCGAAACCAAAACCUUCAACUAAUGAACGACCCAUUAUCACAGAAGCGGAUCUUCAAGGAAAAACUCCAGAAGAACAAGAGAUGAUGAGAAUAAUGGGAUUUUGCGAUUUUGACACUACUAAAGGCAAGAAAGUGGAUGGAAAUGAUGUGGGUGCUGUUCAUGUUAUAUUGAAAAGAAAGUACAGGCAAUAUAUGAACAGAAAGGGCGGAUUUAAUCGACCUCUAGACUUUGUCGCAUAAUUCUUAUAGUUCUAAGAAAUUGAUCUUAUUUUAUGAGAAAGAAAGAAGUGAUCACAGACAAACUUUUAGAGAUAAGAGAAUAUAAAUGAGACUUUAAUUCUAUAAUUAAUGUGAUAAUUAACAUGUUAUCAUAAACUUUAUAAAUGCUAGAUUAUAUAAUAAAAAAAUAUUUAUACUUAA